AAGGGAGGAGAUUCAGCUGCUCUCAAAGACAGCAUUAAUAAAGAACUGCAGAAGUAUUACCGGCAAUUAGUGAAAAUCUAUCGACCUGACCUGGAGGAUGAGGUCAAGGCCAACGUGCCUCCUUGUGACCCCAUCUUCCAUGACCUGGAGCCACAUAACUUCCCAACACAUCACCUGAAGCUGAGGCCCGAGGAGAGGGAGCGAGAUCACAGAAAAGUGUGUGUGUCAGACUUACUGAUAACACAGCUUCAGGACACAAAAGAAAAAGUUCUACCAAAGAGACUCUUGCUCCUGGGUCGUCCUGAGAGUGGUAAAACUGCACUCUUUGCUCUUCUCAUUCAUUACUGGCUUCACGACAAGACUAAGGUGAGAGGUCUUCAGAACAUUGAUAUCUUGGUAGCCAUUCAAUGCCUGAGCCUUAAAACGACAUCUACAAAGAUUGAUUUCACGAAAGACCUGUUGGCUCUACUGCCUGAAUCUACUAAUAAAUAUGGUCAAGAUAAGAUUUUAAAGGCUAUGAAGGAGAUGAAGGUCCUCGUAUUGAUUGAUUCUCUUGACUAUGACCCAGUGGCUUCUAGAGUGGAUGAGACAUCCUUAGCUCUGUUCCAUAACCAGAGGAUCAUAAUUUUUUGUCGAUUACAGUUUAUGACAAAAUUUACAGAUCACCCUCUGCGAUAUCAGCAGACCCAGGACAACAUGGUGCUGCGACUUUGGGGAGGAAUAGUAGUCAACCCUUAUAUGAAUCUUCAGGGAUUUCCUGAACCCCUUUCAGAUUUGUUUGGUGGACUCUCAGGAAAACUAUUUCAAGAUUACUGCAAGAGGCUAUGCCAGGUCAAAAAUGAGGACUAUGAUAAAUUUUAUAAUUACAUAGUAAAAUUGUUAAAGACUCUGUCAGUGGAGAUGAAAAAGCCAUUCAACAUUUAUAUGGCUCUCUUAGCAAAGCAAAAAAUGAAACCUAUUACUGCAAAAACAUUAUCAGAAUUGUAUGCUCAGUGGUUCGAGCUGUGGGCUCUUAUUUAUAGACAAGAAGUACAUUUACCCAUCUCAGAUCCCAGAGACCUAAUAAUCAGUGGAGCUAAUGAAGUUAAUAAGCGUGCCCACAAAGCAUUUGAAAAUGACUGUGAGUAUUUGGCUGAUGAAGAUAAUUUAUCCGUAUGGAAAGGACUUGAGGAAAUUAUGCCCUUUUUGGCCCAUAUACUUGUCCCUCAUUACAGUGCAUCAGGUAACAUACAGAUAUUCACAUUCAGGAUAGCUGCUCACCAAAAUUUUUUUGUUGCUAAGAAUAUAGAAAAUCAAAUCAACUACAAUCUAAACAGUAUUGAAAAUUUAAUACAAAUUGAAAAUUUCUAUAAACUUCAGUCACUUCUUCCUAUGAUUGUAGGCUUGAUGCGAGCAAAUUCUCAAUUUCAUGAUGUUACAAAACAUACAAUUAAACUUGGAAAGCUUAUCUUUGAAAAUGAACUAAUGAAACAUUGCUUUGAUCAGAUUAUAAAUUCUGCUAUGCUGAUAUUAGCCGAGAGUGGCCUCUACAAUAAAACUGAUGACAAGUAUAACAAAUUUGUCAAGGAUCUGCUAGCUGCAAUACCAAAGGAUGCCUGGGUUCUUUUAGACGGAAACCUGUUUCCAGAGGCUUUACAAGCUUUGUGUGAAUGUGGUCAUGAGUCUUUUAAGAACCAAAAGCCUCAGAAAUUAAACUUUUGUUUUAGUGGCUUCUUCUCAGAAUUACCCGGACUCUGUGACAUGCUGGAGGCUGUGAGGAAAUGCGACAUCAGGUUUUCCUUGCAAAUGGAUAGGAGUUUUCUUGGUAUAGAUGAGCACCCAUUCGAUGAUGUAAUCAAGGCAGUGCAAUGUAAAGGCCAUACCUCACUCGGUAAAUUCACUGGCUAUCUCAAGAAUGUAAAGUUACUGGAUAGUCACCCAACUACAAGACGUAUAUACAGCAUUAGCCUCCGAAUUACAGAACAAGAACAAUAUGAAAGUCUAUAUAAGAUAAGUAAAAACAGUGGCAAACUCAGUCGUGUAGCCAUUCGCAUCUCAGAUGCUUCUACGAUCAAUGCAAAAAAACUGAAGGAACUACCUUCAUCCAUCACUCAUCUGACGGUGUACAUUGAGGGUGUCACUGAUGAAAGCAUCGGUAAUGCCAUGGCUACCUGGAGGGCGAUAAGAGGUGCAACCAAGAGGGUACAGCGAGAGCAUCUGCGUUUCUGGGACAUUGAUGAGAAGAAGCUGAGCCCUUCUGGUAUUAUUCAGAUCAUUGAUGCCAACCUACCUGCUGAACGCAUUGAUGUUCCUCUUCAGCAGCCAUUGAGUUACUAUGAUGAGGAGAGGAUACAAAAUAAACUCUAUGGCAUCAAAGGCAUUGAUUUCACAGUCAGACUUCUUGGCACAGUCAAACAUGCACGUCGUGAUCUGAAGUCCAAAAAAGAUGGAAAACUAUAAUAAUGUGAUAAUAUGAGAAAAUGUAGUAGUAGGACAAGGAAUGAAGUUUUAAAUAGGUGAAUUAUUGUGGUAAAAUACAUACAGGGCAAUAACUGUGCCUUAUAAAAAUAGAAGCACAUGCACAUUACAAGUUACAAAAUAUAUACAAAAAAUAAUAAGAUAACCUAAUAAACUAUGGCAAUAAAAAGGUAGGUAGGUUCAUACAUAAUCAAUAAUGCAACAUUAUACUGUACCUAGUUCAAGCCCACCAGAACAGUGAAUUUCUGUGAUAAUUUUUUUUUGUUAUACAACUUAUGAGAUAUGUCUUAGUCCCUUAGAUUGAGUGCCUUUUAUGAUUCUUAAUGUUAUUUUAAAGACAGUUUUUGUACUACUUUUGUUUAAAACACUGUCUUAAAUGUAAAGUAGCUGCAAGUGGGUAGCCAGUUAGCCCAGGUACCAGGACUUGGCACUGUCUGGCCUCCUCUUCCCCUCUACCUUGACUCACUCAAAACAAAGCCAUCCUGGUUAUAAGGUACAGAUUGUGGAUAGAUUAAUAAAAUGAUGCCAACAUUACCCUUACAAUUUAUUUUUUUAUUUAAAACAAGUAAAAAUGCAACAUAUUUUUUAAUUUAUAUUUGAUCACAACACUUAAAUAAGUCAUAAUAUUUCAAAGGCCCUAUUCCACACUUACCUUAGUUGACAAGUACCCUGGACACAGGCUAUUCCCUUUUCCCUGACCAUGAUAAUGACUACAGUCAUACCCCACUUUACAUCAUUUCAGCUUAUGUCAAAUUCACCUUGAUGCUACUUUUCUACAGUAAAUUUUAGUUCAGUGAACGUCAUUAUGUCCAACUUUACGUCACUCAGCAAUGUCACCUACAUCAUAUUUUUUUUUUAAUUUUGUUCAUUAUUCUUUAAAAACAUGACUAAAAUGUGUUUUUAGUGUUAAGCUUUAGCAAUACGGCCUCUCCUCACUUAGUGACGUACUCGUUUACUGAUGACUCGGACUUAUGACGGUCUCUCUGACCAGUAUGCAUACAUGCUGGUUUACUCUAUUCUGUUUAUUACAGUAUACAGUACACUACUGUAUAGACAUUUAAAAAUAUACAAGAAAUGUUAUAAAUGGUACAAAGGUGAUAUUAAAACAAUAUCAAAGAUGGUUGGCACAAACCCACUACCAUUAUAUUAUGCUUUUCACUUAGCGACAAAUUCGUUUGCCAACGAAGUCUUAGAUACGGAACUCUGUCGUUGAGGAGAGGCUGUAAUGACGUAGGACAGGGUAUGACUUUAUUUCAAAUUAAUGUAUAAAUAUACGUACAUAAUACUUUGAAAGCCCAUGGUAUAUAUAGCAUUUCAGUUUGAUGGUUUGUUGUAAAUGUCAACUGUCUCGAGCAAAACUUUUUUCCUGUGUAUGUUAGAGACUUUAGGAACUGUUCAAACAUAUUCUGAUACUUUGUUUCCCUCUAAUUAGAUUACAUUGUAUAAGUUUUUUAAUACAAUUAUUGUUUUCCUUCUGUUGUGUGAACAUUAGUACUGUCAUUGUUACAUAAUCUAUUGACCAUUAAUAUUAUAAUAUUGCUGUCUACUGUAUAAUAAAAAUUUGAAUUAAUA